AAAGUGUCUGGAAAAUCUAUUUGUGUUCUUUCUGCUGGUAGGAGUACAUACAAACAUUUAAUAAACAAAUAUUUUAUUUACGGAAGAUGAUAGAUAAAGUCAUUUUUGUGACUAAUACUUGAUAGAGAAUAACAAAGAUUAUCAGACAAGUCCUACGAAUCCCAUGGCGGGGGCGGAGAUGUUCCUUAAACCGGUGCUUCAGAAACCACCUGGUUAUCAUGAGCUUCACGCGCCUCCCGAAACUCCAAACGCAUUAUCAUCAUCUUCAACGCUUCGUCGCCGCCCUCCUAAGUAUAUGAUCCCACCGUCCUUUUACCCAGAUAAGAAGAAAAAGUGGAGUCGUUGCCGGGUCUUGUGCUGCUGCUUCUGCAUCACCCUCGCUAUACUCAUCCUCCUCCUUAUCAUCACCCUCUCCGUCUUCUUCCUCUGGUACAGCCCGAGACUCCCCGUCGUACGCCUCGCCUCCUUUCGCCUCAGCAACUUCGACUUUUCCGACGGGAAACCCCGCGACGGUUUGACCCAUUUGACGGCGGAGGCUACGGCCAGUCUCGAUUUCAGAAACCCAAAUGGUAAGCUAAGGUACCAUUACGGAGACGCUGACGUGGCGGUGAGCAUAGGAGAUGGAGAUGGAGAUUACGAGACGAGUCUAGGGUCAACGAAAGUCAAAGGGUUUGUGCAAAAGCCGGGGAAUCGCACGGUCGUGAUCGUUCCGGUUAAAGUGAAGAGACAAGAGGUGGAUGAUCCGACGGUUAAGAGGCUUCGAGCGGAGAUGAAGAGUAAGAAGUUGGUGGUGAAGGUGACUGCUAAGACGAAGGUGGGAUUGGCUGUGGGAAGGCGUAAGAUUGUUACGGUGGAAAUUAGUCUCAGUUGCGGUGGUGGUGCGACGUUACAGUCGCUUGAUAAACAGAUGGCUAAAUGCACCAUCACAAUGCUUAAAUGGAUUAAAUUGCACUCAUAAGCAAUAGUGAUGAUUGGAUGUAUCAUUUACCAUCGAAGAUUCAUCCGAACGUUAUACUGACUCGCAAGUGUGUUCAGCUUCACGAAAGACACUGUAUCUGUUUUUUUUUCCCUAAUUGUUUUUACAGUAAAUGAUUUGCGAUCCAAUGUUAAAGCGUUUUUUAUCAUUUUAAAUUCGACUGGUUAUAAAUAUGCAUCUUA